AUGGGUGGUGGCCGGGUGGAGAAUGACCACCCCUUCUAUUGCCUCCCCCAGUCGGCCUUCCCGCCGCGCUAUUCGCAGAGUGGCUGCGAGUUCAUCGAACAGUACUCCCAAUCAUCCUGCUACGCCAAGCCGGCCCCCAUGAACCUCUCCCACUCGAUGCGGUCCGGUCGGGACAUGGCUGCCGCCCAUUCGCUGAAUCAGUCCAUGUUCGGUCUGCCCCCGGCCAAUGUCCUCCCCCCCAUCCGCAGCAACGUGCAGUUGCCGCCCAUGGACAGCGCCAUUCCCCCGCAGUACCGCCGCAACGACCGGCUGAGCCAACCCGAUCAGCAGCAGCAGCAGCAGCAAUCCGCCCCCCGCAAGGAGGAGAAGGCAACGGGUGGUGUUGCCGCCCACCUGGAUUACGAGAUGGAUCAGAUGUCCGACUUCGUGGCGGAGAUGGCCCAGGGAAUGUAUGCUUUGUACAUCAACCAGAUCACCAUUGCAGAUAUUGACUUCGCGCGAAGCGUCUACCCAGGAUCGUCGGUCCCCCCGCAGUUUCGCAAAUACGUUUGGCAGAUCUUGUCGUCCACGCGCCUGCCCAGCUCCACCAUCCUCCUGGGCCUCUACUACCUCGCCACCCGCAUGCGCAUGCUCUCCGCCGCCAAGGUCUACGCCGCCGGCAGUGGCCAGGUCUACCGCAUGCUCACCGUCGCCCUGCUCCUCGGCAGCAAGUUCCUGGACGACAACACCUUCCAGAACAAGUCGUGGGCCGAGGUCAGCAACAUCCCCGUCGGCGAGUUGAACACCAUCGAGCUCGAGUGGCUCUUCGCCUUCGACUGGAAGAUCCACGACCGCAUCCACGACCCCCAGGACGGCUUCGGCACCUGGCUCACCCACUGGGAGACCUGGCGUGCCAAGUCCAACCGCGCCCAGGAGGCCCGCCAGACCCUGGCCCCCAUCGACACCAACCUGUCCCGCGGGUCCCGCGUCGCCAAGCCGCUCAUGUCCCCCGAGGGGCCCAUCCCGCCGCAGUACCAGCGGAGCGCCCAAUACGAGACCUCGUGGCUCAACCCGGCCGCCUCCGAGUAUUCGCCCCCGUCUGCCCCCCAGAGCGGUCCGACCACCCCCGACUACUACCCGGUCGGCCCCUGGGGCGCCUACUCGAACCCGCCCCCGCCGCCGUACUCGCGGACCUGGGUGCCGCCCCAGUCGUACAUCCCGCCGCCGCGGUCUCAGCCCCCGUCCUACCACCACACUCCGGUCUAUGCCCUGCCCUUCGCCCAAAGCGUGUGGACGGGUCAUGGAUCCUCGUGUGGGUGCCUCUACUGUGCCAAGCACAUGGAGCACUACAUGUGUGGCGGCGCCUUUGGCGCGAUGCAACCCAUCAUGGCAGCCUGA